AUGUAUUAUUUUAUUGAUAUCGCAUAGAUUAAGCGAUGUGUGAAGAACUUUUGGAAUAAAAGAAUUAAAAAAAGAGAUCAGAUUUAGGAAUUGCAAAAAUAAGAAGAAAAAGUAAUUAUUGGGAAUGGCAAAUCCUAUUAGUGCAAGAUGAUUGUUAUUAAGAAUGCAGUGUGA